GGGGCGGCUCGGGAAGGCCUGGAUGUAGAAGGAGGCAGAGAUCAACCAGGGCACUGUGAAGGUGAAGAGGCCUCCCUGAUCGAUUCGUUCUGACUGGUGGGGGUUUCUCAGCAUCCUGUGAUGACGCCCUGGAGGAAGGUGGCUCACCUAGCAGCGAGGGGGCGAAGUCUAGCGACAGCAGCACCCUCUGAGCAUGGAGCUGGUUCAGGCAGCCGGACCUGGAAGAUCCUGAGCUUUGUGGUGGCGUUUCCUGGCGUGGUGGUGUGCAUGCUGAACGUUUGGCUGCGGAAGCAGAACCAUCCGCACGAACGGCCUGAAUUCGUUCCCUAUAACCACCUGCGUCUCCGGACAAAGCCCUUCCCCUGGGGUGAUGGAAACCACACUCUUUUCCAUAACCCUCACGUCAACCCGCUGCCCACGGGCUAUGAAGACGAAGGUGGCCACCACUGAACUACCGACAUUUUCUCUUUCUCUGCCGCUGACUGGGAGAGGUGGACAAACUCCUGUGCACCCGCAGCAGCACUUCGAGACAAAUCUCCUAGAUAGGAGACAAUUAAAAACACGGUUGGACCGCUG